CUUUCGUGCACAGACGAUUGUGUGUGUGAAGCAGAAGUGAAAGGACUUUCCUAGAGCACCACUGGCCUCACACACUCUCUGUGUCUCUCUCACACACACACACACACGUGCACACACACACACGUAGUGUAGAGAGUAGAGACGGCUCCGCUCGACACUUGGAGAAGAAAUCGUAUCAGGUGCAGAAGGGCGAGUUUGGGCCGCAAUGGAGGAGAACAUGGAAGAAGGACAGACACAGAAAGGGUGCUCUGAGUGCUGUAUUAAAUGCCUGAGCGGGAUUCCAUAUGCCUCUCUUAUCGCCACCAUCCUGCUCUAUGCUGGUGUGGCACUCUUCUGUGGGUGUGGGCAUGAGGCUCUCUCUGGUACCGUCACCAUCCUGCAGAACUAUUUUGAAGUGGUCCGAUCACCAGUCGAAACCCUGGACGUGUUUACCAUGAUUGAUAUCCUGAAGUAUGUGAUCUACGGUGUGGCUGCAGCGUUUUUUGUCUACGGGAUCCUGCUGAUGGUCGAGGGAUUUUUCACCACUGGGGCAAUCCGCGACCUCUAUGGAGAUUUCAAGAUCACGACCUGUGGCCGCUGCGUGAGUGCCUGGUUCAUCAUGUUGACCUACAUCUUCAUGCUGGCCUGGCUGGGUGUGACAGCCUUCACCUCUCUGCCCGUCUUCAUGUACUUCAACAUCUGGAACACAUGCCAGAACAUCACAAUGAUCGAGGAAGCCAACCUGUGCUUCGAUUUGCGCCAGUUUGGAAUUGUAACCACUAGUGAAGACAAGAAAAUCUGCACCGCCUCAGAGAAGUUCUUAAAGAUGUGUGCUUCUGAUGAGCUGGAUCUGACAUUCCACUUGUUUGUCUGUGCUCUGGCGGGGGCAGGAGCGUCCGUCAUCGCCAUGGUGCACUACCUGAUGGUCUUGGCAGCGAAUUGGGCCUACGUGAAGGACGCGUGCCGCAUGCAGAAGUAUGAAGACAUCAAGAGCAAGGAGGAGCAGGAGCUCCAUGAUAUCCACUCCACUCGCUCCAAAGAGCGCCUCAACGCCUACACAUAAACCACGCACAAAUAUACACAUGUAUACACAAUCCCAAGCAUGCCCUUUCCCUUCCCUGAAGAACACACACACACACACACACACACACACACACACACACACACACACACAAUGUAAA